UAUUCCCACUUGACCGUGAGGUUCUCGAGGGACCAAAGCGAUAAAACUUAAGUGGCGCGGGCUAAGGUCGUUACCACUGUCGUACGUAUAUGCGUAGCGUUCUCCAAUCGCAUCCUGCACUCGUCAGUAGAUGAUGACCACCCGGUGGCAUCGCAUCGUUCCUCGAUCGUGCGCUUGAAUCGUUCGCUCUCCCGAGUCUGGACGCGAUGAACAUGUGGAAUCUCGCGGUCACCCUGGUCUUCGUGGUCGCCGUGCCCUGGCAGGUCACCUCGCUGCACUCGGACGCGGGUCCAUGGGUCCAGGCGACGAAGGGCGAAGUCUGGCCCAGGCCGAAUAAGCGAUUGAUCAAGGAAGACUUUUACUUGCUGCGACCCUCCAACUUCGACAUGCGGGUACACGGCGAGACUUGUGACAUAGUGAUCGAAGCGAUAGAAAGGUACAUGAGAAUCAUCUUGACUGAAGCUAGAAUAGCGAGAUUGGUUACCGAAGGGCAAUCAAGGACACCCGUCCGAGAGGAUCCUCACUUCAAAGGGAUUCUUGAGGCCCUAAGCAUCCGGCUUUUGCAGCCGUGCGAGCAAAACGGCGAGCAUUGGCCGCACUUGAACAUGAACGAAUCCUAUAAGCUCGAGAUAAACGAGACAUCACCGAUCGCUGUUCUCUGGGCGGAAUCCGUAUGGGGAAUCCUUCGAGGACUCGAAACCUUCUCGCAGAUACUGGCACCGUCCGGCGAUGGGCCGAGCUUGAAAGUACAAUGCCAGACUAUCGAGGAUAAACCGAAACUGGCGCAUCGCGGCCUCCUGUUGGAUACCUCUCGCCAUUAUCUGCCGCUAUCCGACAUCCUGCUGACGUUGGACGCGAUGUCGUACAACAAGCUGAACGUUUUUCACUGGCACAUCGUCGACGACAACAGCUUCCCCUAUCAAAGUACCAGGUAUCCUGACCUGUCCGCCAAAGGUGCUUACCAUUCCUCGAUGAUCUACACGCCCAACGACGUGCAGCAAGUCGUCGAUUACGCGAGAUUACGAGGGAUCCGAGUGAUGCCGGAGUUUGACACACCCGGGCACACCAGGUCAUGGGGUCAGGCCUAUCCGGACUUGUUGACCACGUGCUAUGACACUUCCGGAAAACCGAACGGUAAACUAGGCCCCAUGAACCCGACGAAUCCGACGCUGUACGAGUUCGUGCGGAACCUGUUCUCGGAGAUCGUGCAAGUGUUCCCGGAUCAAUAUCUCCACCUGGGUGGCGACGAGGUACCUUUCGAUUGUUGGGCCAGCAAUCCUGAAAUUCUCGAGUACAUGAAAGCGAAUAACAUGGUCGGAAGAUUCGAGCUGCUGGAGAACGAGUACAUAGGCAAAGUGCUCACGAUCAGUGAUAUGCUGGAGGCCAGCACGAUCGUAUGGCAAGAGGUCUUUGAUAACGGCGUCGUGCUGCCCGCGAGCACUGUGGUCCACGUUUGGAAGCUGCCAAAUUGGCAGAAGGAGUUGGAGAGGGCGACGACGGCGGGACAUCCGGUCUUAUUGUCCUCCUGCUGGUACCUGGAUCACAUUGCCGGCGGUGGUGAUUGGGAAAAGUAUUACAACUGCGAUCCCUUCGACUUCGACAAUGCAGCUAACGCCACGCACUUGAUGCUCGGCGGCGAGACAUGCAUGUGGUCGGAGUUUGUGGACAAGAACAAUGUUCAUCCGAGGAUCUGGCCACGCGCCAGCGCAGCAGCGGAACGUUUGUGGAGCUUCAGCAAGCAGGAAAACAGCGUGGCGGCUGAACGUCUGGAGGAGCACACUUGCCGUAUGAACAGACGCGGAAUUCCAGCUCAGCCGCCGAAUGGGGCUGGAUUCUGUUUAUCUACCCAUCUGUCCACGCUGCCCGACGCCACCCUGUCCACCGAAAAUGGAAGUGACAUAUUUGCCGUGCCCGCCACCUCCUCCUCCUCCAGUUAGCUGCUUUUACGUUCAGCCUACGAAUUGCGCUCCCUGCGUGCUCUGUCCACCACCGACACCCCCGCGAAAAUCUCAUUCGAGAGGAAUCGUAAAUAUAAGGGAUCAUCAGACAUUUGACUACUACGGCAAGUCUGCGAAGUACGAGCCGUCAAAAACGAUCCACGAAGUCGCCGUUCAUAGAAUUCGCACAAGUCGGACUUGUUGCAUAAUCCCGUUGAAAACGAUCGGACAAUGCUGCCGGAUGAGAUGCAACCCCCGAAAACCAAGUUUCUUCCUCAGGAUAGAUCAAAGGAGGCACGUUCGACUUCCUCGUCACGACUCAAAAGCUUCCCUGCCGAAAAGAUCAGGAAAUUAGACAAUUCACCAAUGUUCUCGCCCGAAUCUGUCGGCGCUUUACUCGUGCAACAAGAUCCUCGGGAAACCAAAAACUUCUUCGCCAGCUCGGUUGCCAGAAGCAACAACGGUCACGGCGAUGCAAUCUCUGCUCAAUUCUCGUCGUUUUACCAGCAGCCAAAGUUGAAAAGUACAUCUAGCCCAAGUCAGCAACAGAUUGCAGCUAAUCAUCAGCAAAUCAGUCAAGCAAAUCCGCAAUCAGAAAGCCUGCUGACUCGUCGAAUCACGUCCCCGGAAAGACAGGCGCAUCGUCCUUUCGUGCCAACCGCUUUUCAAGGAUCGGUCAUUCGCGAUCGAUCACCACGAAAUUCGGCCAUCAUGAAUCAGCCAAAGAUUAUUCAAAGCCCUUCAACUCAGGUCGCGCCAUCGCAAAUGCAACAAUUCUCAAACGAUCCGCGCGCAGUCGUGGACGAAAAUCGUGACGGAACUUCCGCUUUCGAUGCAUGCGAGAAACAACCGGUUGGCGGCCGGAAUGCGGUCAAUCACAGACAAAUGGUCAUGCAGCUGCAGGAACAGAGGCAAGCGCCGGAUUCGCGAGAUAUGAACGCACCAUCGAAUGUCCGAUCUGCGAGUAACUGUCAUCAUAUGCAGCCGCACGACACGUUCCAGCAAAAUCCUCGUCGAGUUUAUCAGCAGAUGCAGCGGAGCGUGUAUCAUCCGCAAACGUUGCAGCAACCAUACAGUCAACCGCAAUCGUCACAGCAGCAGCAAACGCACGAUGCUCCGGGAGCACUCUGCGCUCAUUACGUCAAUCGGCAAUUGUCAGCCGCGCGAGUUUGCGGACAAGGGAUGACGUCGCCGCAGGACAUGACAGUGAGCCAGAUGAAGCUGAUGCGGCACAGUCUGCCGACGCAUCAGCAGAGUUUCGGGUAUCCCGUCAAUCUCCAAGCCGCGUGGCCGCAAAACGAUCGAUGGAUGCAGACGACGAGCCAGAGUCGGCAAGUUCCGCUUCAGCAGCCGUCGUCGCCAUCAUCAUCGCAGUGCCAGUGUUAUCGCCAAGUGCAGGCUGCGUCGAGCGCCAACUUCGAUCAGCAGAGUUUUAGGAAUCAGGAUCGGUCCAACUCGCCGCGGAAUCGCAGAUCUACCAGUCAGCAGUCGGUCGUAGCAGCACAGAAUCGACAAGACGCUGGUAAAACGAUAGUGAGGUUCACGCCCGACAUGAUACGUGAUCAGGAGUUGCUGAUCGCCACGCUGAAGCAGCAGUGUGUGCCCGAUGAUAUAAUACACCGCCAGUUCGACGCGUUAUUGAACGAGCAACGCCGGCAUCUGGCUUAUAUCGCGCAGAUUCAAGCGAUCCCACAAGCGGAAGACGCAGAUCUGGAGAUCAGAAGAUUAGAUCAAUCCGCGCGAGGAAGAGAGAGAGACGAGAAACCGGAAUGGAUGGUGCAUAUCACACCCCCCCGAAUAUCGUACUACGAAAUAGAGAUGAUGAGAGCGCAGCAAAAGGCCUUGAAGAAACAAUGCACGAUGGGUGAUCAACCGCUGGAAGAAAUCGGUAGCACGCAUGUCCAGCAACAGAAUUAUCGUCCGCCGAAGCAGGAACAGAUGACCAAUCAAGUUGUGCCACUUAAGCAAAUGCACUUUCAGACAAAUCCUUAUCAACAGCAGAUGGCUGCUUGGUCGCGCAAAGGCGCGGUCUGUUGUCCUCAUGGUCAUCAGCAGAACGUGCCGAACAGCUUAUAUUGUCAGCCGAGUCUACCGUUAAACGUUCCACAUUCAUGUAAUAUGCCUCAUAAUCCAUAUUACCAUUCCGAGCAACAAAAGACCUGGUCUGAGCAGCACGAUCCAAACUCCUUAAAAUCGAUGAACGAUCAAAGAGUCUUCAUCGAGCCCGCACGUUUCUGCGAGCAGAGGCAGGUCGAACCUUCCAGCUUGCUGAAGAUGCGAGUGUACAAGGAGAUGAUCCGUCCCCAGAGGCGCAACGACGGUCUGCAGGAUCCGGAGACUAUCCAGAAAGCGCUGAAGGCGCUGAAAGACCCGACGAGCAGACGCGGACUUGAAUAUCUUGCGAAUCUGACCAAGAGGAAGCCUACGGUGAAACUGAAUGGCACGCAGGAUCCUGGAGAGAUCCCGGACGAACUGCGAUCGCGACUGCCCGCGACUUCCGUCCAAAUUCAGAAGAGGGCCUACGCGAACGGACUGGAGAACAGAAGAAAUCCUAACAAUCCUCCGCCACGGAUGCUACGGCCUAAGAGAGUCGAUGAGUCCAUGAUGCCAGAGUACCCACGGCAACGGAAGAACGCGGGGACGCGUUACAGCGUGCAAGCCGAGAGGGAGAACGGCACCGCCGCAACCUCGCAGCAGCAAGAUCACGCCAGGGUGGUUUCCUGUAUGCAGGGUGCGCAAUCGAUCCCUUGCGGCUUGCCAAACGCGUCCGCAGCGCAAGAUCCCUGCGGCAGCCACCUCACGAUGAUGAGCCAGUGUGGUGGUGCUCCACUUCAGCACCGUUACCAAUUGCAGCGGCGAUAUUAUCUUAACGAACAUAACUCAGUAGACCGCGAUGGCGGCCAGGGUGAUGUUGCGAGUACGCAACGAUUAGAUGCACCAGGCAUGACGAGGAUCGGUCGUGCCGGUGGUGAUACCACGGUGGAGAACUUGAAUGCUGAAGAGACGACGAAGCAUAUGAGUAUAGCGGAAACGAUGCGAGGAACGAACGGUCAGCCGGAAGUCCGCGAGACGAGGACUAUCGGAGGUGUCACAUAUCUACCCCGGAAGCCCGAUUACGCUUGCGACAAUCUCAUUGUUUCGCCGAAUCAGUUGAUCGCGAGCGGACACUUGCAACCUCCAAGAAUACUUUAAUGGGAUCCAUUUUUUGUUUGCAGAAUUUGACGUAGCCACUGUGUAUUACAUCAUUUUCAGUUUUUCAUUUUUCAUGGAGAAAGUGAGGAUUGGAAUCUUGAAAAUCAAGUGUUAUGUUUUUGUAUAAUCUAACUGCAAAUUAGAUAAGUAACAGCGUGAUUUAAUUAAUUCGUUAUACAGUAAGAUAUAUUUUAAUGGGUGUGGUGUUCUUUUUUUAUGUCAUUGUGUAGGUGUAUCCUGCAUCUCUGACGCGUUUAUUCUUUGAUUUUAUUUUUGUUAUACAUGUUUUUUUCAGGGAUUUUGGUUUUCGAUGUUGCAUUGUGUACCAAACACAAAGCACUAAAAUGUCCACGUUUUUUAAAAUGUUUUCGAAAAAGAUAUAAUAAAUAUGUAAAAUAUCAA